AAUAGUUCAAUAAAUUCAAUUAAACUUUAGAGCAAGCUAAAAAUGCAUCCAGAUUUUUAAAGGACCUUUGAUAGGAUUGGUCAGUGACAUACCUUUAAAACAAUAGAUGGGUGGAGUUUAUGGAUAGUAUCUGUCUUAUCUGUCUUUUCAAAUUUAGAUCAGACUUCAGGGAAGGAUGUAUGUAAAUCAUUCAUAUAAUGGUGAAAACAACCACGAAGAUUUAGGUUCAAUUUAGAUCAGGUCAGAGCGCUAGCUUUAAUCUGAACACAAACAUUGUAACCAUGUUUAGCCUCCUUCUAUAUGCUGGAUUGGCUUUACUGACAGUGGCAUCUACAACUGAAGUCCCGACAACUACAACUAUUGCACCAACAACUACAACUGCAGCAAAAACAACUACAACUGAAGCACCAACAAUAACAACUACUGCAGCAACAACUACAACUGAAGCACCAACAACUACAACUAUUGCACAAACUACUACAACUGACACACCAACAACUACUACACCAACCACUACAACUGAUGCACCAACCACUAGAACAACUGCACCGACAACUACAACUACUGCUCCAACCACCACAACUAAAGCACCAACAACUACAACUACUGCAUCAAUAAUCACAACUACUGCACCAACCACCACAACUACUGCCCCAACCACCACAACUACUGCUCCAACCACCACAACUGAAGCACCAACAACUACAACUACUGCAGCAAUAAUCACAACUACUGCUCCAACCACCACAACUACUGCUCCAACUACCAUAACUGAAGAACCAACCACUACAACUACUGCACCAACCACUACAACUGCUGCUCCAACCACAACAACUGAAGCACCAACAACUACAACGACCGCACAAACCACUACAACUGAAGCACCAACCACUACAACUGAAGCACCAACAACUACAACCACUGCACCAACAACUUCAACUACUGCUCCAACGACCACAACUGAAGCACAAACAACUACAACUACUGCACCAACAACCGCUGCACCAACAACUACAACCAUUGCAGAAACAACUACUACUGGAGCACCAACAACUACUACUGAAGCACCAACAACUACAACUACUGCACGAACCACUACAACUACUGCACCAACCACUACAACUGAAGCACCAACAACUACAACUACUGCUCCAACCACCACAACUAAAGCACCAACAACUACAACUACUGCAUCAAUAAUCACAACUACUGCACCAACCACCACAACUACUGCCCCAACCACCACAACUACUGCUCCAACCACCACAACUGAAGCACCAACAACUACAACUACUGCAGCAAUAAUCACAACUACUGCUCCAACCACCACAACUACUGCUCCAACUACCAUAACUGAAGAACCAACCACUACAACUACUGCACCAACCACUACAACUGCUGCUCCAACCACAACAACUGAAGCACCAACAACUACAACGACCGCACAAACCACUACAACUGAAGCACCAACCACUACAACUGAAGCACCAACAACUACAACCACUGCACCAACAACUUCAACUACUGCUCCAACGACCACAACUGAAGCACAAACAACUACAACUACUGCACCAACAACCGCUGCACCAACAACUACAACCAUUGCAGAAACAACUACUACUGGAGCACCAACAACUACUACUGAAGCACCAACAACUACAACUACUGCACGAACCACUACAACUACUGCACCAACCACUACAACUGAAGCACCAACAACUACAACUACUGCACCAACAACCGCUGCACCAACAACUACAACCAUUGCAGAAACAACUACUACUGAAGCACCAACAACUACUACUGAAGCACCAACAACUACAACUACUGCUCCAACUACAACUACUGCACCAAUCACUACAACUACUGCACCAACCACUACAACUGAAGCACAAACAACUACAACUACUGCACCAACAACUACAACUACUGCUCCAACCACCACAACUGAAGCACCAACAACUACAACUACUGCACCAACAACUGCACCAACUACAACUACUGCACCAACCACUACAACUGAAGCACCAACAACUACAACCACUGCACCAACAACUACAACUGAAGCACCAACAACUACAACGACUGCACCAACCACUACAACUGAAGCACCAACAACUACAACCACUGCACUAACAACUACAACUACUGCUCCAACCACCACAACUGAAGCACAAACAACUACUGCACCAACCACUACAAAUACUGCACCAACCACUACAACUACUGCACCAACAACUACAACUACUGCACCAACAACUACUGCUCCAACCACCACAACUGAGGCACCAACCACUACAACUACUGCACCAACCACUACAACUACUGCACCAACCACUACAACUACUGCACCAACCACUACAACUACUGCACCAACAACUACUGCUCCAACCACCACAACUGAGGCACCAACAACUACAACUACUGCACCAACCACUACAACUACUGCACCAACCACUUCAACAACUGCACCAACCACUACUACUGAAGCACCAACAACUACAACUACUGCACCAACAACUACAACUACUUCACCAACAACUACAACAACUGCACCAACUACAACUUCUGCACCAACAACUACAACUACUGCUCCAACCACCACAACUGAAGCACAAACAACUACAACUACUGCACCAACCACUACAACUACUGCACCAACCACUACAACUGAAGCACUAACAACUACAACUACUGCACCAACAACUACAACUACUGCUCCAACCACCACAACUGAAGCACCAACAACUACUGCACCAACCACUACAACUGAAGCACAAACAACUACAACUACUGCACCAACAACUACAACUACUGCACCAACCACUACAACUACUGCUCCAACCACCACAACUGAAGCACCAACCACUACAACUAUUGCACCAACCACUACAACUGAAGCACCAACAACUACAACUACUGCACCAACAACUACAACUACUGCUCCAACAACAACAACGACUGCACCAACAACUACAACUGAUGCACCAACAACUACGGCGCCAACAACUUCAUCUACUACACCAACAACUACAACUACAACUGAUGCACCAACAACUACAACUACUGCACCAACCACUACAACUGAAGCACCAACAACUACAACCACUAAUCCGACCACUACAACUGACCCACCAACAACUACGGCACCAGCCACUUCAACUACUACACCAACAACUACAACUGAUGCACCAACAACUACAACUACUGCGCCAACCACUACAACUACUGCUCCAACCACCACAACUGAAGCACCAACAACUACUACUGAUGCACUAACAACUACAACUGAAGCACCAACAACUACAACUUCUGCUACAACCACUACAGCUGAAGCACCAACCACUACAACUACUGGUACAUCCACUAUAACUACUGCACCGACCACUGCAACUGAAGCACCAACAACUACAACUACUGCACCAACCACUACAACUACUGCACAAACCACUACAACUGAAGCACCAACAAUUAUUACUAGUGCUACAUCCACUAUAACUACUGCACCAACCACUACAACUGAAGCACCAACAACUACAACUGCUGCACCAACCACUACAACUAAAGCACCUACAACUAUUGCACCAACAACUACAACUACUGCACCAACCACUACAACUACUGCACCAACCGAUACAACUGCUUCUCCAACCACCACAACUGAAGCACCAACAACUACAACUACUGCACCGACAACUACAACCAUUGCACCAACUACUGCACCAAUAUCUACAACUACUCCAUUCCAAACUAAUAAACUUCCAAGUACUCAAAAAUUACUAACAACAACUGCUCAUGGAAGCCUCAAGAUCAAGUUAAUUGGUAACCUGAGUACUGCUCAAAUUUACAGGCUUAUCAAGCUCAUUGAAGCAGAUUUUGAUGGAGAUAUCAAGAUUAACGUAACGAUACCUGUUUAAUGGACAACUCAGGUAGCUGUUUCAAUAUAUGGUCGCAGAUCGGUUGGAGCCAAUUUCAGCAUCUUAACCCCCAGGCGGGAUACACUCUGGAUGUAUGGCCAGUCUGUUGCACAGGACUUGGUUCUAAUUGUUUCUAGUAAUAAUCUUAAAAUGAAUCUUUAGAAAUCCUAAAACCCAUAUAAUAUAACUUUACGGAAACCUUAGAUGUGUGCUUCAAUAUCUUUAACCAGACUAUUGCGAAUUCCAAUAAUCUAAGUACAUAAUGUUGAGACCAAGCAAGCAAUUUUGCGUCUUAAAGACGUCUUAUAGCCGUCCAAACAUACCCCUGACGUCUAGGCUAAAACAGAUCAAAAUGUGGGCUGUCAGUGAAAAUCUAAUAGACGUCUAACCAUAGACCAAGAAUAGACUAGCCAUCAACUAGAAGGCUAUUAAACAACUACAUGUAAAUGUCUAAUAAACAGUGAAUAUGGGUCUGGGCAAAAACUAGGCUGAAUUUGGGGUGUCAGUGAAAAUCUAAUAGACGUCUAACCAUCACCUAAGAAUUGACGUCUAACCAUAGCCCGAGAAUAGACUAGUCAUCAAACAGUCAAAAUGUGAAGCUUUUAUUAUGUAAAAGAGACAUAUCAAAGGUUAGACAAAUUAUAAUUAUAAAAGAAUAUUAAAAGAAUAAUUAAUUUAAGAUAGUUUGAAAUAUUUUUUCAUUUGUUUUCCGUUUAUUUAAUCACAUUUUCCAGGUACUUAUUUUAUGGGUUUACUUGUAUAUCCCCCCUGCUGCUUGCUUGAAAUGCCCUCCAAUUGCAUUUACAUUGUCAAACUCUGUUCCCUUGGUCAUUGGUCAAAAUUGGUCAUCACAGCAUCUGCCAAAUACGGAAGAAAUUAAUGAGAAACUCUGACAUCAUAAUCUUUACUUUACAAUAAACAAUAAUAAUGAUAAAGUCAUUGUACACUCUACAUCAUUCUUAGCGAAGUGGUGUAAUCUUUCAAUAUGUGGUGUGACCAAUAAUAGCAGUAACUGUAUUACAAAACUAAUCUAAUUGCUGUAUGUAAUAAAUAAAUAUCACUAAUACAUUAUGCUUAAGUGAAUGAUAUUUUUACAUUUUUAACCAUUUGUAUACGAGUUUAAUAAUUACUUUAAAAAAUCUUAAUAAAACUUUUAUAAACAAUUACAAUAUUGAGAACUUGAAAAAAACUAAGCAGCUUUAAAAAUGUAUUAAUUUUAAGAUCAAGCAGUUGUAUCACACAUUGUUUUUGAAGGAUAUGGCCGAUUUACCUCGAUGGAAAAACAUAACAAACCCUUAUUUUGAAUUGUUACACACACCCACCUCUUAUGACUGUGAAUACUGCAGUCUUCUCAAAUGCCUCCUUCUGCAGUGGACCACCCCCCAUCAUAUUAAAUUUGGACAUAAGGGAAUUCUUUAAAACUUUAAGUGGUUUAACAAUUGUGGACGAAGACAUUGUAAACAUUCUUUUUUUAUUUUUACUUUUCAUUGGGACCUCAUGAAAAAAAUAAGUACGAAGAACUAGGCUUUACCUAUCCACCAUCCUUCUUGCACUGUCCUUGAGGUUUCUUCCUCCUAUUUUGCACAGCGUUGACACCUGAACAACAUAUAACAUGUCAGUACUUGGCAAGUAACAUGUGCUUCAGUGUAUUAUAUGCCUUUGUAUUCCAAUUUUUAUUUGUUGUGUAUUUACUUGAUAACUUGUUUAUAUAAAAUUUAUUUUUAAGAUUCAAAUUUAAUCUUUUUGUUAUUUAACUAUUCUAUCAGUACAUGUUCUGUAUGCAACAUGCUAUUGUUCAGUAAUUAAUUCAACUUAUAGUUAAAAUAAAUAAUGGACUUUAUUAAUGAGGAAAUGUGGCGUUAACAGUUUAUUAUUAGUCUAUUUCAACCCUUUUUCAUACAUUUUUCAAAAAAGCAAGACUAGUAAAUUUGCAGUAAACUGAUUAAGGCUCGGUUUCAAAUUCAAGUCUCAUCUUAAGCCAGGACUAAGCCAAUGUCACAGUUGUUAUGUUAUGUUUUGUUUGUUUUUUUCCUCCCGUGGCUGAUGUUCUUAUUAGUUUAUUUGUCCCUUGCCUGUUUUCACAUGUGUCUCAUUUAGUUCAUCCCUUGCACCUGUUUAGCCCUCGUUGUCUGUUGUAUUUAAGUUCUCCCCUUGAUUGUAUUCCUUCUGGAGAAUUGUUUAUGCUACGUGUGUUUUUCGAAUCGUUUGUCUCUGUUCCAGCUUAGAUUUAUUAUUGAAAGCCUAUUUUUGUUAAUGCUUUGGCAUUCUCUUUGGACUCUCCCCGUCACAUGUGACAGCCGAGACACAUUAGUAUAUUUUAGUCGCUUAUAUAAAUAAUGCAAAUCCAAUGGAUAAAAUGACUGCAGACUGACUGACCAUCCCAGCUGCAUCUAAGGCAACACUGUUUUUGUGUAAUUCAAAUUUAGAUUUAAUUUUAUCAAGAACUGAAUGGUGUAAAUGGCCCAAAGUACAUGUAUAAUCUUCUGCAACGUUAGCAUCUAAACCCUGUCAUGUAUUGUGUACUUUGUGUAUUUCCAGAGUUCUGUGUAUUUCAUAAUUUCACUUUUGAAUGUUCUGCAUGCUGUGCCGUUCUGAAAUAGUGUGAUUUUAACACCUAGUCCUAUUAAGCAAAUCUGAAUGUUUACAUUGUUGAAUUCAGAAAAAUGUACAAAGGGCACCAUUUAAGGGCAAGAAAGAAACAGGUGUGUUACAGUACAGGAGCACUCAAGUAAGCAUUUAAAGCUAACUACAACAUGGCGUAUACUGUUACACUGAUAUCUGCUUAAAUGUUACGGUUAACAUAAUAACAUAUAAUGUAGAUAAAUAGUGAACACAUGUGAAAUAGAAAAGGAAGAUACACACUAGAUCAAAUCAAAAUGUUCUUUGUUUCUUUUCAGACUGUUGGUCUCUUUAAAGUUUGCAGUGAAUUCACAGUGCUGUGCUUCGCUCUCCCUCUCUCUAGUGCAAUGCAAAAACAUGGUCGGAAACAACCAUGUCUCAGCCAUCUAGCGGUGGAGAUUGUAAUUGCAUUUUUAUAAAUAAACUAGUGGUGGGCAUAGAUUAAUUUUUUUAAUCUAGAUUAAUCUAGAUUAAAAUGGCUCAUUUGAAUUCUGCCGAAGGCAUUCAGAAUAUGUGUGCUACCCAAAUAAUGACUAAAAGUAAGUCUUUGAGAACGGGUUUCUCAAGACAGGUGGCGCAUUAGACCAGGGGCUCAUGUCCUGUUUCCAAAAUGCAUCACAAACUGCUUGAGAAAGCUGUUCUACUAUGAUAAUUGGUGAUGAAAAUUAAAUUAUGUUCAAUAA